AAGUUACCUUUCUCUUCCAGGUGUUCUGUCUGGAGAUCCAUCACACUGAUCAGCCAGGAUGGUGGUCAACCUUUGUCUUCCACAGUUUAGGCCAUGCAUCAUCUGCAACAAGAUCAGUGCUGAUGGCUAUGAAGUGGAAAAUAUCAUCUCUGAAGACCUUGCUAGAAGGAACCGAGGAUUUCGCUGUGAAUACUUUAUCAAGCCUCCUGUGCACAUCACCAUCACUUUCCCAUUUAACAUAGACAUAUGUAGGAUAAACAUAGACACGUCCUCUGGGGGCCACCCCCCAUUCACAGGAAUGGACAUCUAUACGGCUACGUCCACCAGCAAAAUGUGCUGGAACAGCCAGGAGUGUGGUCAGCCUGCUAUGGGUUGCCAAGGAGCGGACAAAGAACUGUUUGCUUUGGUCGGUAAAGUGCUGCUGAGAAAUCAAAGCAAGGCUACAUUCAAUAACCGAGGCUUCAAGCCUAGGCACCCAUUCCAUCAUACUGAUAACGUGAUAUCUUACCAUGGGUCUUCAUGCCAGGAUCUUUGGAAUAAAGGCCAGUACUCUCUUGGCAAUGUCACCCACCUGAAGAUCUGUAUAACUCACAUUGCUGGUGGUGCUCCUUGCUCUAUAAAGAGGGUGGAGGUUUGGGGUCAGCCUGCUAAGACAUGUCCCAAAGAAGUGGUGGAGGGCGUGUACCAGGUUGCCUUUAUGAGCCUCCCCAAUAGUUUUGGGCAGCCCCGACCUGCCUCACCGAUGGAAAGUAACCACUUGUCUUACAAUAACUCGGACAACGCACAACACAGCCUAAGUGAACUUGCCAAUAUUCUCCAAGAUGUGCCAGAAGAAUUUCUGGAUCCAAUUACACUGGAAAUUAUGACUUUGCCCAUGAUUCUGCCAUCUGGAAAGGUUGUUGACCAAAGCACACUUGAUAAAUGCAACCAAAGUGAAGCAUCAUGGGGUAGAAUGCCAAGUGACCCAUUUACCGGCGUUCCGUACACUCCCCAAUCUCAGCCCCUUCCCCACCCCUCUCUGAAAGCCAGGAUAGACUAUUUCCUCCUCCAGCACAGUGUCCCCGGGUCUAAUCUACUGGGGAGGGCAAGACCAGGGGGACCAGUGACACCUUCUGCCAUAGCUUUGUCUUCCAUGAAGAGGAAGGUGGAGUGGAUGGAGGAUUCAGCCAAUGAUGGUGAUAACGUAGACACGUAUUUCUCAGGCCUCUACUCUUCUACCUCAGAUUUUAGUACAAAAAAGAUGAAGAUUGAAGGGGAUUGUCAAAUGUCACAGAUGGACUGCUCAAAUUCAGAGUCAAUAUCGCAUGAACAGCGGCUUACACAAAGUCUGGACCAGGCUCUCACCUCCGCCCUGGGCUCCAUGCCCACAUACACUGCGAAAUUUAUGAAGAAUCAACAGGGAUUUCAUGAAGAGAGUGCCAGCAGCUCGUCCUGUGCUGCAGGCUUCACUGUGACAGGUACUGACCACAUAUCAUUACUCUUCUUUUUUUUUUUACCAUUUCACUAGAAGUCUGUUCAUCUU